AUGGCUAGCGGCCUGCGGAUUUUGGUCCCCAUCAAGCGGGUGAUCGACUAUGCGAUCAAACCUCGCAUCAACAAAGCGCAGACCGGUGUCGAAACUGCUGGUGUCAAGCAUUCCAUGAACCCUUUCGAUGAGCUCUCGAUUGAGGAGGCCGUUCGGUUGCGUGAGCGCAAGGGCCCACUCAAGGUUGAGAACAUCCUUGCUUUGUCUGCCGGUGGCCCCAAGGCUCCCGAUGUGCUGCGCACCGCUAUGGCCAUGGGUGCCGAUCGGGCGUUCCAUAUCGACGUUCCCGAGGCCAACGGCGGCCCCGAGCCGCUGACUAUUGCCAAAAUGCUAAAGUCUGUGGUCGAGAAGGAGAACAUCAACCUCGUGCUGCUGGGCAAGCAGGCAAUUGACGGUGACCAGGGUCAGACCGGCCAGAUGUUGGCUGGCCUACUGGGUUGGCCCGCUGCCACCCAGGCCAGCAAAGUGGAGGUGAAGGAUGAGGCUGGCACCCUCGAGGUGACCCAUGAGGUGGACGGUGGUGUUGAGACUCUGCGCGCCAAACUGCCAAUGGUUAUCACUACCGACUUGCGACUGAACGAGCCGCGCUACGCUAGCCUGCCCAACAUUAUGAAGGCUAAGAAGAAGCCGCUGGAGAAGAAGACCCUGGCCGAUUUUGGUGUGGAAGACACCCGCCGGUUGAAGACUCUCAAGGUGACCGAGCCCCCACCACGUAAGGGCGGCGGCAAGGUCGAGGAUGUCGAUGGCCUUGUAUCUAAGCUGAAGGAGCUGGGUGCUCUGUAA